UUAUUCUAUUCCUGGUAGGACAUAAUACACUUAUCUAUUUAGUAUUUGUAAUAAUAGACAGGAGAGGAAGAGAAGCAUAAAUCUAUAAGGCUCUCGAUAUUUUCCUUACUUUCAGCCCACUGUUUCAACCACAGUAUUGAAAUUCGUGCAAAUAUUACAAAAUUUAUGCUAGCUGCGAAAUAAAAACAAGUGCCCGACACUCGGCUCGUUUUACGAGGCAAACAGUGUAACUUGCCCGAUUUUAUGAUGUUUUGUUAGCCAAGCAACAGGUUGCACGUGGAACGGGUGGCAAAAUCGCAGGUGUACCAACCACAGAGAGAAGUGGCUCCAAUUUGCGGCCCAAUGGACGACCCGCAGAUAAACAAGGCAAUAAGCGGACAACGGGUCGCAUACGCAAUUGCUGCCGUAGCUCUUCAUUAGAUUGAAUUGGCCGCGUGUGGAAAAGGUCCUGACCCGAGAGUGGGCCUCAUUACUUCAAAUAGAGCGCUGGCCAACCGAUUUAAUUAUGCCGCCGACGCCCGACAGUUGGCCGCCACUCAGGUGGAGCCCGGGUCCCGGUUAUAUUUCAAAACCUGACAACACACCGGCCACAGCGGUCAGUCGGCACGCGUCCGUCGUGUGAACCACACACCAGGAUCAGGAUCAGGAUCCCGUAGCCACCAAGUUCACCUUUGGGAAGUGCCCAAAAUGACCAACAUGAUAUUACAAAAUACGGGCAGCUGGACGCUUUGCGGAGCACUCCUCCUGUUCGUCCUGCCGUUGAUCCCAACUCCGGAAGCACUGCAGCACACCGAGGAGGGUCUUGAGAUGCUCUUCCGCGAGCGUUCCCAAUCGGACUGGGAGAACGUGUGGCACCAGGAGACGCACUCCCGCUGCCGCGACAAGCUGGUCCGCCAGCUUUAUUGGGCCUGCGAGAAGGACAUUUACCGACUGACACGGCGCAACAAAAAGAGGACGGGCAAUGAUGAGGCAUGGAUCAAGAGAAGUACCACGGAUCUAUACCCUUUUACUCUACGAGUAACGGGUAUAAUGACUCCUUCUGCCCUUCCAGCGGAUGGCUCCACCUGGCUGCACGUGAAUUAUGCCAACAUGUUUCUAAGAAGUCGUCGAGCGGAUGGUCAUACUCCAUCGAUAUCGAACGAAUGCUGCACCAAGGUGGGCUGCACCUGGGAGGAGUACGCCGAGUACUGUCCUUCCAACAAGCGACGCAAUCACUACUGAUUGGCCAUCGACGUUGGAUCUGCUUAGAUAUAUACGAACAUAUAUAUAUAUAUAUAUUCGCUUUUUUUUCCUGGUUGUUGUUGAUGUUCUUGCUGUGGUGAAAUAAAAUCUAUGGAAAAUAAACAGGUUUCGGUUGAAAAA